AAUUUCAAGCUUUUGAACUACAGUCCUCCUGGACUCUUCCCGCAUUGUGCCUCUGCCAAUGCCAGAACCUACCGCGGCGCGCAAAUGCUAGACCUGUCCGCGUUGCAAAUUUAGAACUUUCCGCGCAUCAACUCCCAGACCUGUCCGUCCCAGCCAUGACAGUCCUAGAGUCUUGGACUUUUGACGCGACCGCAUCGGCGUCGGGAUAAGUUCCAUUAACAUAUAAGCUAGCAUUCAAAGAGUGGUAGUACCCGUUAUCUCGGCUUCGCAGCGCGAUACUGACCUGCUACCACGGCGUUGUGCCGGUUCAAAGGCUACUAGCGACACCCUCUUUUUUACAAACCAGGGCGGAAAAGGCCGCGCUAUUAACGAUGCGUCGUCGGCACCCGAUGAUUCCAACGUUCGUCUCCGAUGCGACGAGAGAGGCGGCUCUGAGGGAGGCGUGGUGGAAUCAACCGCUCUCGCCGGACGUUCAGGAGAUGCUGACGAGGUGGGAGUACCACGGGGAGAGGGAGGACGAGGGUGGGACAGGAAAAGCGGAGGAGAAGAAAGAAGGGGGAGCAGAGAGAGGGGAAAGUGAGGUACCGCCGGGGAAGCUUCAACUGCUGUGUCGGGCGGACAUGGUUCACUACUUGGACGUGAGAGACGGGUGGGAGCUGGAAGAAUGCGAGUGUUGCUUCGACCGUGCGGUGAGCUUCCGAGCCCAGCGCGCGCUCAACAUGAUGAGCCUCGAGGACUUCCGCUUCCAGCUGCACGUGCACCAGCCUGACUCCGUCCCCGCUGCGCCGCCCAACCGACCCUCCAGGGCAAUUCUCGAGUACGCCCAGCGGUGUGAGCGGGCGCCGUUCCUCUGUGCGGAAGGGAUGGUUCUGGAGUGGAUGGCUGAGCCUCGUGUGGGCGUGCUCAUGGACUUGGGGAGGAUCAGAUCUCGCCUGCCGGCUAUUUUGGGUUCUACUGGUGGGGAUUCUUCUAAGGAGGCUUCUUCUGCUUCAGCUGCUGCGCCCUCUGCAGCGUGGUCCUGCUGCUGGCGCUGCAGCAGCUGCUGGGCUGCCUACCGCCGUGCUGUCAGCUUCGCUGCUUUUCUCGUUCUUGUAGCGAGGUGCCCUAGAAUUGUGACUUUAUGGAGGGCUCACAUGGACUCGCCCUCUGUGCUUUUCCCGGCCAUAGUGGCUGAGCUAGGGGCGGGCUGGCAGCAGGAGGACGAUUCGUUCGCGUCCCUCCUGGUGCAGUUGCUCGGGGUGAAGGAGACUGCUGACCUCAAGGAAGGGUUUGGGUUCUUUGUGCAGAAUCUGCUGUCAGGCGGCCUUGAGAAGGCCCAUGCGGAGGGGAGGGGGGGAACGGAGAGGAAGGGUGCAGAAGGGGGGGGUAUCGGGCAAAUGGAGGGUGGUGAGGUUAUGAGGCACAUGGGGUGUUGUGAAUGCACGGGGCACAUGAGAUGUGGUGACUGCAUGGGGUACAUGGGGGGGGGUGGGGGUGGAGAGCACGUGGUGUUCUCUGAGAUGGGGAGCCCUGGAGAGACGUGGGAGCGGGGGAUCGAGCGCAUGGCGCAGGCCAUGACGAGAAUGGUGGAGCACCACGAGGCCAGAAGGGGCGUGGGGGCAGAACCAGUGGGCGGAAGGAGCAUGGGGGUUGAACCAGGCGCGGGGAUGAUGGGGAAUGCAUGGGGAGGUGGGGAACAGGGGCGGGACAUGGAGAUGGAGCUGAUGAGGAGGAUAGGGAGCGACUGGGGAGGAGCGCGGCCGGGAGAGGUGGCAGGGCUGGUGGAGCUAAACAGAGGAAUGCCCACGAUGGGCGGUAUGGGGGACAUGGGGGGCGGUAUGGGGGGGGAGGGGGACGCAUUAAUGGGGUCGAUGGCUGGAUGGGCUGAUGGGGGAAGUGGAGAGGAAGGGGAAGGCAGCGGUGAGGGGCGGGUGGGUGAGGUGGCGGAUGGGAGUGCUGGUGGCGAUAGGAAUGGCAAGGUUGGGAAUUGGAGGGAGACUCUGAAGGGGCCUGUGUGGGAGAGGUAUGUGGAUGGCAUGGCUUGCAUUUUAGAGAAGGGAGGGGGGGAGAGGAGGGAGUUCAGGUGCAGCCACUGCAGUGAGGGUAGUAGUAGCAGGAGUUGCGGUGGCAGCAGCUGCAAGGGGAGCAGCAGCAGCAGCAGCAGCAGCAGCAGCAGCAAUAGCAGUAGCAACAUGAAUGGCAGGAAUAUUCCGGAGGGCAUGUAUGUGAGUGGCGUGGGUGCCACUGACUUCGCCCUUGCAGUCGCUACAGUGUUCUGCAAGCCCCAGUACUGCAAGGAGGGGCAGGUGUUCCUGCUCGACGGGAACAAUGAGAUCAAGACGAGGGUGGAGGAUGCAGCCAUUGAGGAGGCCAGGAGAAGGCUGACAGGAAAACGGCUGAGAAGGGUGAGGGGCGAAGGAGGAAUAGGAGGAGGUGGAAGAGCGGGCGCAGCCAUUGAGCGGGCUAGAGCAAGGCUGAGAGGGGAGACUGGUGAAAGGGGAGGAGCUCGAGAAAGGCUGGGGGAAGUGAGGGGCGAGGGGGGAGUAGGAGUUGGAGGAGGGGUGGCAGCCGCCACUGCUACAGCAGCACCCAGUGUUGCCACCUCGGCUAUCGGCAGCACAUCUGUUGGGACUGAUUCUCAGACUUCUUCUGGUUAUAGUGCCACCCACACCCAUUCCCCCACCCAAGGCACUGCUGGAUCCAGCGCCAGGCUUGUGCUUCUCAAUACGAAGCCUGUGGUCACAGCCGCACCCAAAGCCGCUAUGCCUGUCAACACAAACCCUGUGGUUGCUGCUUUCACGUAUCGAGCCAGUUGCAUCCUGCAGUGGGUUCGGAUCUACGGCUCAGAUUUCAUCUCGGCUAACAAAUGCUUCAAAAAGAGCCCACAAGGCAAGGUCCUGCCUAUGCGUCAUCCACUUCGUGAACUUCCGAGCCUGCUUGUCAGGCUCGGCGCCAUCCCCAAGCCUAUGAACCAAGGUAGCUUCCCCCUGGAGUGGGAGGAGUGGCCUCAGGGAGAGGGAGCUGCUGCAAAGCUUCCUGAUGACCCGAGUGCGAGAUGCUUUCGACUGGGGAUUGUGAAGGAGAGCGGAACGAGAGACGAGGGCGGGGGGAAGCCAUCCAAGCACGCACGGAGAUUCGGAGGGGCAGGAAGGGCUACGGGUGGGCGAGGAGGCAGAGGUGGUGGCAGGGGGAGCCGCAGGGGGAGUGACAGGGGGAGUGGAAGUUGGGUGGGGAGGGGCGCAGUGCAUGGGGAGGCGCCAGAGAGCCUGGCAGAUGCGCUCACAGCUGCAAUGGCGCCUCAAAACACAACUCUCCCCAUCGUGCGCUGCACAGCAGACGCGGAUUUCCUAGUGGAGUUUGCCGGCCGCCUGGUGGUGCCACCCGCGUGCUCCCAGUGCACCACAUGCUUCGGCGUAUACACCUACUACCUCCCCGCGCUAGCCCUCAUCGCCAAUUUCGCCUACCAACCGGCCAGCGCCCUCUUCAACCGCUUUGUAUCGGUCUUUCCGCCACACUCCCCUGAGUUCAACGAGCUUCUGAGUCUCCUGCAUAUGGAGCCACUCCCCUCGGACGUCCCUGCCCUGCUAAACCUGCAUGUGGUGCGGGAGAGGGCGGAGCAGCUGCCUGUCUUCUUUCUGCUGCAUGUGGCGUUCAACUGUCCCAAGGCUAUGCUGGGAAUAGAGGAGCUCGAGCAGGUGGGGCGGGAGGAGGGGAGGGGAUGGGAGUAUGGAGAGGGGAGGAACGCUGCAGCGAAGAAAGCUGAGAGGCGAGGGAGGAAGGGAGGCAGGAGGGGAGGCGGGGAUGGAAGGGAUGGUGGAGGGGAGGUGGUUGGCGAGUGUGGGGAGGUGUGGGAGGAGGUGCGGUCGUGGUGCCUUGCGGUGCUGGUGGCUUGGCGGGCGAGCCUGAGGGUGGUGGGGCCGGGGCUGAGUGCUGCUUGUGAGGGCAGCAAGAGGCUGGGCAAGUCAGGGAUGGAGUGGGGUCCUAGGAUGUGGCAGAAGGCCGUAGAGACGAGGUAUUGUGAAGAGAUGCAAGAUGGGGGUGGGGCUAGCAGGGGCAGCAGCAGCAGCAGCAGCAGCAGCAGCAGCAGCGGUGGUGGUAGCUGGUGGUGGUGGGGUGGUGGCAGUGCAGGGACGGGCAAGGAGGGGGAGGUGCCGGCUUAUCUGAAGCCAUGGCCGGGGGGGGUCAAUCUGGUGGCAUGUCUGCGAGAGAUGCUGCUGGGGCAGCCAUGUUACCGCCCUCGCUCCCGUGCUGUCUCAUCCACCCCUGCUGCUGAUAACAAGGCUACUGCGCUGAACAAUUCUGCCAGGGACAGUGCAGCAGCAGCUUCCAGGGGGAAAGCCUGUGGCCCUGCAAGUAGUGGGGGGCGUGUGUGCAGUGCCCUGGGAUGUGAGAGGCCGGAGGGUGGCGGUGUGAAGCUGAAGAGCUGCGCUGGGUGUGGCAAGGUGGCGUAUUGCAGCAGAGACUGCCAAAAGGCUCACUGGCCCUUCCAUAAGCUUUCCUGCAAAUCGAACUCCAGCAGCAAGCUGUUGGGAACUUGGCGUAUUGGCGUUGGCCUUGUGUGUCUGCUCCUGGUCUCAUGGCUGGUAUGGCAGCUGUUGGGUUCGCCACGCUUCGCCUCUGCCUGAGCUUCUGUUUCUGCCUCUUCUUGGACCUACCAGAGCUGGCUUCCUCGACUUCCACCGGUGGCAACAUAUUGGUCGGGCUGCACGCUCCACUAACUCUGCUUCAUGAGAUGAGCUUGCUUGCGUGAUGAAAGCAAACAUCAAACCUGGUUCUACGAAUCCACGAAUCCUGUACUUUGGUUCUUAGUAAAUAAUGGUGCCCUAUCCUGUCACAGCCUGGCCUCGCAGUUUGACCUGAAAACUUGCAUUUUGCAGUUUACAUACCGUAGUGUUCCUUCCUUCACAACCUACCCUCCAUUGCUGACCAGGAAUGGUAUCUCACUUCACCGGAUUGUGGAAUGGUGUGUGUAAUCAGCAAGAUUGAGAAAAUUGUAAGGUUA